UUAGUUUUUCCAGUUGAAAAAUAUCCAAAUAUUUUUAAAAAAGAUUCUUUUUUUGAUCGUUUUAAAAUCUUCAUUCCAAAUUUUAUUAUUGCAUUUGGCUUGACCUUAGCGUUAUUGGCUUCUAUUUUUUAUCUUCCAAAAAGAACUUCUAGUGAUAAAGUACCGCUAUCAGUUGAAGAUAAAAACAAUACAAUUAAUAAAGAUUUACUUAAUCAUGAAAAGUCUGAACCAUUUUCUAAAUUCCAAACUGAAACAUCAAGAUUAAUAAUAUCUAAACCGUCUAUGUUUAAAAAACAUUGGAUGCUUUUACGAACAAGUAGCUUUGUAACACUUUUAAGAAACAAAUACUUUUUACUUUCUGCAACACUCUACGGAAUGUACACUUUCUGUCUUUCCGGUUUUGAUGAACUAUUUUCACUAUUUGCAUCCACUUCCAUUGAAUAUGGUGGUCUAGGAAUGUCAACAUCUGAAAUUGGCAUAUUGUAUUUAAUCAUUUCAAUUGGAACGUUGGUUGUACAGUUUAUAAUAGUUAGCAGGGUAAUUAUUAAGUUUGGUUCAAAAAAGAUAUUUAUUGGAGCUUCACUUCUUUCUGGUGUAUUGAUACCUUUUAUACCUUUAUAUUCUAAUAUAAAAAACAAAGCUGCUCUUUGGACUAUAAUGUGGAUUCACCAAAUGUUUAUUCGUGCUGGUUUAAUUACGGGCUACACAACUGUAAAUAUUUUUAUAAACAACUCUGUUGGAUCAGACCUAUUGGGAGUUGCAAACGGUGUUGGACUCUCGUUAGCUUGUAUUGGAAGGUAUGCUUUAACUAUAAUUUUAUAUGCACACUAA